CUUAGCUCUCAAGGCAAUAAUAUUUCUGUUCUUUCACUAGCAGCUAGAUAUUUCCACAACUUAAUUUUUUCUCUACCCCUUUUCGUUAUUAACCAAAAGCUGUGGAUAUAAUAUGGGAAAAACUCCUUGUUGUGAGAAAGAUGGACUGAAAAAGGGUCCAUGGACGCCGGAGGAAGAUGAGAAACUCAUCGGUUAUAUUCAAAAACAUGGGCAUGGGAGAUGGCGAACCCUUCCCAAGAAUGCAGGGCUGAAAAGAUGUGGAAAAAGUUGUCGGCUUCGCUGGAGUAACUAUUUGAGACCUGACAUUAAACGAGGACGGUUCUCAUUUGAAGAAGAGGAGACCAUAAUUCAACUACACAGUGUCUUGGGAAACAAGUGGUCUGCGAUUGCCGCUCGUUUGCCGGGAAGAACAGAUAACGAAAUCAAGAAUUAUUGGAACACCCACAUAAGAAAGAGGCUAUUGAAAAUGGGAAUUGACCCGGUGACUCACACCCAACGUCUUGAUCUUCUUGAACUCUCAUCACUUCUCAGCUCAUCUCUUUACAAUCCAUCAUCAUCUCAUCAGCAAAUUCAUGUCCAAAACCUGCUUGGAAAUAUGGGACCUCUUGUGAACCAAAACCUCCUCAACUUGGCCACAACACUCUUAUCUUACCACCCCAAAACUACUAGUACUAGUACUAGUACAAGAUUUAAUGUUCCACAAAAUGUUCAAGAAAUUAACCCACUUAAUGUCCAUCAAAACCAAUUCCAAUCUUUCCAACCAAAUGUUCAGCCUUGCACAAUAUCAAGCACUACUUCCAAUACUAGUACUGUCCCUAGUUAUCUAAACGACACGCAAUUCAUGCAAUUAGCGAAAAUGGAUCCGUUAUCUGAAAGCCUCACUAGUUGUACUAGUUGGCCUGAUAGUUCUUUAAGCAAUAUGUGGCAAAACAGUGUUGGAGAACAAGCUUUAUUCACUCCUGCAGAGAGCUAUGCUGCCAUGGCAAGUACAAAUGGCUAUCUGGAUUCUACUCAGUCGUCGUCGAUUGUCAAUUCUUUGUCGGAAAACCAGGCUUUUGUUUCUUCUGAGGUUCCGAAUAACAUCGCGAAUAUGAGCUUCAGUUCGCUUCUAUCAACGCCUUCUUCGAGCCCACAUAACUUAUAUUCGUCAUCAACAACUUAUGCGAAUAGCAAGAAUACUACAACUCAUGAAGAUGAGAGGGAUAGCUUCUGCAGCAAUAUGUUUUUGUAUAGUGAUAUAGCAAAUUAUGGCUUAAACGGCAAUGAAUUUGUGUAAGCAGACGACAGUGUGUAGAAUGCGCACAGCAUGAUUAGCAGUCUUUUUUCA